UGAACUACAACCUGUUGUUAGAUCAUGCUGUCCGCCAAAAUGACAAGAUUAUUCUCGAGAAUAAGCAUCAGAUUGUGCUAUGCCAUUCAUCAUCUGGUCACAAGCAUGCGCUGGACGAAGUACCCAUCAAUUCAGUUACAUGUGGCGGAUACGAAGGCAGUGGAAAUGCCUAGAACGGUUCUUCAGCAUGCUGCAUAAUGACCAGGAUUGCGCAUACUACGAUUUCGAGCACAUCAUACGAGCUAAUUUUAAUACGGCCAUCGAGACGCUUAUGAUCUCGGAUGCUCGCGAUAUAUCACAACGCGUCGCAAAUACAUUACACUAGUUAGUGUCCGAGGUAAUGGUGGCACAGUGCAGCUUUUCAGUAGUAUCAUGUGUCGGGGGACAAGCUUGUGGUAUCGCUGCUAUCUUAAGUUUCCCAAUGCCCAAAUCGACGAAAAAGAUAAAAACGACGAUUUCGAAGGUGAGGACAAGAAGGAUGAAGAUUGCGAGGCGGCAAUCUUUCGGUAGGAGCUUAAGAUAUGAAAAGGCUGUUUGUUGUCUAUUAUAAACGGUACGGAUUCGAGACUCGCCUGUGUAAUGUCUGAGAUGUGAGCAACUCGCUCAAUUUUUUUGAUGUUGAUCUU